AUGUCUACUAUGUCUGCCAAUCCAAGUGAAAAUAGCCGACCUGUCAGAAUCGCCAACUGCUCUGGUUAUCAUGGUGAUCCUGCGUACGAAAUGUAUCGCCAAGCGACGUUAGGAGAUGUGGACUUUAUCACGGGGGAUUACCUGGCGGAGGUUAACCUGGCAAAUAAUUCCCAAGCAUUCCAACGUGGGGAACAUCCUGGAUACGAAGAGACAGCCUGGGAAGGUAUACAACAAAGUAUCGAUGUGAUCGCUGAAAAGGGCAUCAAAGUCGUACUAAAUGGAGGAGCACUCAAUCCUAAAGGGUUGGCUCUCAAAGUUCACAAACUGAUCCACCAAAAAGGUCUCGCUUUGCGAGUGGCGUACCUAUCAGGAGAUGAUCUCUAUGCCAAAUUCGGCCCGAACAUGCCACAAUCUGCAGAACAACUCCAACACCUCGACGCAACAAAUGAUUCGGUCAAACCUGGCCCCCUCACCUAUGCAUUCACCAACACCACCAAGCCCGUCCCUAUGGUCUCAGCUCAUGCAUACCUCGGCGCUCGGGGUAUAGUAGACGGACUUCGUCGUGGGGCCGAUAUCAUUAUCUGCGGCCGGGUUGCAGACGCAAGCCCUGUAAUUGCGGCGGCAUGGUACUGGCACUCUUGGUCGGAGUUGGAUUAUGACCGCCUGGCUGGGGCCCUGGUCGCGGGUCAUCUCAUUGAGUGCUCGGCCUAUGUGACUGGCGGAAAUUUCUCUGGCUUUGACCGACACCCCGUUGAUACUUUUGUUGAGCCAGGGUUUCCCAUUGCGGAGAUUGAUGCAGAUGGAUCAUGUGUGGUUGCGAAACAUCCGGGGACCGGCGGUAUAAUUGAUGUUGAUACUGUCCGGUGUCAACUUUUGUAUGAGCUCCAGGGAAAUAUUUACUUGAAUAGUGAUGUCAGUGGUAUUUUGGAUGAUGUUGUUGUUGAACAAGCCGGAAAGGAUCGGGUUCGCGUUCAUGGCAUCCGAGGCUAUGCGCCUCCUCCAACAACCAAGCUAGCCGUGUUCUAUACCGGUGGUUUCGAGGCUCAGAUUUUACUGAACGCUACUGGAUAUGCGUCUGAUAAGAAGUGGGAUCUGAUCGAAAAACAACUCCGCCAUUUCAUUGCGAAGGAGUCUAUUGAUCGAAUUGACACACUUGAAUUCCAAAGGAUCGGUGUCCCUGCUCUGAACCCCAGUUCACAGCGACAAAGUACCACAUACCUACGGAUCUUUGUUGCUGCAGUCGAGGCCGACGCUGUUCUCGCUGUCGCAAGAGCAAUGAAAGACAUUUCUCUUAAGCAUUUCUCAGGAUUCCACUCCGCUCUCGACAUGCGCACAGCAGUCCCGCGCCCAUUCCUAGCCUACUACCCCGCUAUAGUCAAACAGGAUGAUCUGAACGAGGAGAUCAACUUCAUCGAUUCCCCUGAUACUAUCAUCUCAUCCCCAACAGGUCACCCUCCAGCGUACAAGGCUCUACAGCCACGCGCAAGCUAUAAUCAUAGUCCAUCGAGCGAUGAAGUCGCGCUCCUCCAAUCCCCAACUCGGUCUAUCCGACUGGGAGACAUUGCCCUUGCCCGAUCUGGUGACAAAGGAUCUAACCUCAACUUUGGUGUCUUUGUCCCUGACGCUGCUCACUGGCCUUGGUUGCGAUCUUAUAUGAGCAUUGAAAAAAUGCGAGAGAUGCUUGCCGAUGAUGAUGACUGGGAUGAGUCGUUCUUGGUUGAGAGGGUUGAAUUCCCGCACAUUCAUGCCGUGCACUUUGUGAUCUAUGGGAUUCUUGGUCGGGGUGUUAGCAGCUCGAGCCGACUGGAUGGGUUUGGUAAGGGCUUUGCGGAUUAUGUUCGCGACAAGGUUGUAGAGGUUCCGGUGGAGAUUUUGGAUUGA